GACGAGCGUCAACAAAAAUUUCCAAGUUAUCAUAGUCUUGCAAAAUCAUAAGUACGCGUUUAAAAGCAGAGGUAGUACCGAUUAGUAGUACCCCGUAAUAACUAGAGUGGGAAGUACCACUGCUGUACUAUCGCACUAUACCUUCAUUCAUAAUAUGUUACACGAGAUUCGACUCGACGGUAUGCUUUUACCAUGAUAUUGCCUAAUCGCUAAAUUAGUACUAUUUUUUUUUUCGAGAAAUAAAAACGAAAAAUUAAAAUGAAGGUACUCUUUGGAACGGUGUUAACGCUGUGCUUUCUACUAACGAACAAUUUGGAAAAUGAUGUUGACCGUUUUCCGGACAUUUUUUUAAAUAUUUCCAAUGUAACUGUGGCGCGGAAAAAUGUGCAAAAAAAUAUUGAUUAUACUGUUACUAAUGUAAGUGUGGGAAAAACCAAUGAGGAAAAGGGGAGACUUUGUGUGAAAAACUUGACCAAAUGCAUGGAAAAAGAUACUGAAUACAGAUCUACCACAGAUCGACUCUCCAGUAUAUUAUUCUCUUCCUUACCUCCAUUUGACCUCAGUAACAUUGAAGGAGUUAGUAAAGAAUGCCGUAGACAGAGUGAGAAAUAUGUUCUCGAUUUACGAGAUUUUCAAGAGUACGCUUUAAAAAUGUACGACUCAACAGCAAAACUACCAUCUGGACUUCUAAACGGGAACAUAAACCAGCUAGGAGACUUCGACAUGUGCUUAAACGCAAACUCAAUACAAAGAAAUAUCCAAGGAAAAUAUUGUUUAGCUGCAAUGGAAGUUCAAUCGCCACGAAGUCCAUAUUUAGCGGGACUCUACCAGCUAAUACAUGCUCAUCAACAUUUUCGAAGCAAACUGGAAGAUCCAGGUCAUCGAGUACCCAGAUUUUCUUCUAUAAACUGGGCCUUAUGUGUUCCUAGCGCAUGUACUUCAAAAGAUGUAGAAAUUGGUUUAAAAACAUACGUCGAAAACAUAUUAGAUGGUACUGAAAUAGAAGUACGGUACGAAGUGGAUCCUAGUAUGUGCCAAGAAAAGAAGGAAACUGAAUAUCCUACCUCGUUCUAUAUUACUCUGUGUAUUCUUGGUACGGUAAUAUUAUGGGAAUUCUGUGCAACUCUAUACGAUAUCUUGGCAAUAGGAGAAAAAAAUAAAUGGGUAAUGGCAUUUUCUUUUAAGGAAAACGUUUUGUCAAAUAUUACUCUAGAACGACCUUCUGGUGAUAUAGAAGCAGUACAUGGAAUCCGUUGCUUGAACGCACUUUUAUUACUUGCGUCACAUAAAUCUAUGGCUGCUUUUUUCCAACCGGCUCCAAACAGGACGACAUAUGUUGAAUUUAUUGGCAGACCUUUCUCUGUCGUUGGAAGAGCCGCCAGUCUAUACACAGAUCCAUUUAUCAUGAUAUCGGGAAUGCUGACUACCUAUUCACUACUGGGAAAACUAAAGAGGACACAAAAACUGAACAUAUUCGAAGAGUACGUCACGCGGCUAAUUAGGAUAGUGCCCACAUUUGCAGCUCUCAUAGCCUUUUGUACGUUUAUUUUACCUCAUCUGGAUUCAGGACCAAUGUGGAAUUUGGUAGUCACACAUCAUUCGGAUAUCUGUAAGCAGCAUUGGUGGAGAAAUUUAUUAUUUAUUCACAAUUAUUUUGGAUUUAAAGAUAUGUGCCUCACUCAUACACAUCACCUUGGAAUUGACACUCAGUUGUUUUUUGUCUCUCCAUUUUUGAUCUACUUAAUAUGGAAAUGGCCGAGAAAAGGAACUGCGGCUUUACUCACGAUAGCUUUGGUCUCUACCAUAAUGCGCUACUGGGUUUCCUAUACAAGAAAGCUUUCAAAUUAUGUUCAUUUUGGAACUUCAGUACAACAACUGUUUGACACAGCGGAUUACAUGUACAUCUUGCCUGCCCAUAGAGCAACGGUUUAUAUUAUGGGUAUAUUCUUAGGUUACAUACUGAGGAAUUCUUCGAAUAUAACUCUAAAUAAGACCCAGGUAAAUAUUGGAAACGCCUUAGCAAUUCUGACAUUCUGUGUAUCAUUUUUUGGAGCAGCAUAUAUGGGAAACAUAGAUUACGUUUACAAUGCUCAGGAUGCUGCUUGGUACGCUGCUGUAUCACCCAUUUUGUGGUGCUUUUCGUUCGCUUGGAUCAUAUUUGUUUGGCAGUUAGGAUACAAAGAUAUUGCUGGUUACCUCUUCUCCAACAAAAUAUUUUUACUCUGGACAAAAAUAUCCUACACAGUAUACCUUACCCAGUUUCCAGUAUACUUCUACAACGUUGGUAUUACCAGGUCAUCGAACGAAACAAAUUUUUUCUGGAUAGUACUAAACCUUACCGAAUACGCUUGUAUUAUAUUAAUCGCAAUAAUUCUGACACUCACGUUCGAAAUACCUUUUCAAAAAGUGAGAAAUUUGUACUUAAAAAAGAAAUGUAGUAGGAGAAAAUUAACGAAAGAUGCAGAAGAAAAAAUUAAAGCUACGUAAUGGUCUAUUCACUCACGGUAAAAUGGUGCAAAACUCCAAAUUUUAAAGAACCGAUUGGAUUGGCAUUAUUUGGCAAGCACAUAGGUCUGGAUCCCGCGUAUGAAAAAAAAGUUGAUUAAUAGCAAGCUGAAAAUUUGUUAAUAGCUUAAGGGUGUCUAGUCGGAUAAACUUUGAUAUAUGGGAACACUGGAACAGGGGCAGUUUUAAUUGUGGAACAGGUUAAAAAUUUGGAACAGUCAGACCACGAAAACGGCACAUUUAUUUUGUCCGACAGAACAGACUUAAACUCUCCGAACAGAGAUUAAACUCUCAUACAAAAAUCAGACUGCUAUUUAUCACCUGUCAUAAUUCAUAUCAUUUGACGUAUUCUACAUAUUCCACUCAUUAAAACGCCCACUUGGUGAUAAACAGCAGUCUGAUUUUUGCGUGAGAGUUUAAUCUCUGUUCGGAGAGUUUAAGUCUGUUCUGUCGGACAAAAUAAGUGUGCCGUUUUCGUAGUCUGACCGUUCCAAAUUUUUAAACUGUUCCACGAUUAAAACUUCCCCUGUUCCAGUGUUCCCAUAUAUCAAAGUUUGUCCGACUAGACACCCUUAAGUAUUAACAAAUUUUCAGCUUGCUAUUAAUCAACUUUUUUUUCAUACGCCGGAUCCAGACCUAACAUAGCUAACCUGGCUCUAGUGACCUCAUUCAUGUAGCACUUACUUUCACUUUUUUAUAUGCUAUAUUUUUUCCAAGAAUGUUUUUGUUCGAUAAAAUACAUACUUUUUGAGUUAUUUGUAAAUAAUCGUCGAAAAACGUGUUUCUUUUGUUGAAAAUGAACAUUUGCGCACAAAUAACUCGAAAAGUAUUAACUUAAUGAAAAAACGCUAUGUAACAAAAGUUGCUUAGAAUUAGUCAGUUUAGCCAUUUGUUGACUUAUUUUGAAUGUAUAUUCUUUGGGUGAGGAACUCACCCCCAGGGCAUAAGCACGCAUCGGCACAAUAUCACUUUUUUCUUUGACAUGGUAGCUACGUUUAUGCCAAAUUCCAUGUCAAUCCAAGCGGUUCUUUGGAAUUUGGAGCAAAAACCGUGAGUACAUGGACUAGUAAGCGCUUGUAUGUUAUUUGUAAAUAUUAGAAGUGUUUGUGAUUGUGUAUGAAUGUGUAUAAAAUAGAUUUUAACAUAAAAAUAAUAUUCUUAAAAAAACUUUGAAACGUGUACACGUUUAAGCCAGUGUUCAUUAAAAAUAAAAAUAAUAUGAAAUUUUA